UUGAGGGAAUUAUAUAACCCUUUUGACACACAGACAAACUGCAGUUGGUGGAACUAAACUAAGAUAAGAGGGAACACAGUUAGAAUAGGAAGUCUUUAUAGAAAACGGUGCUUGGAGACUGGACUGUUACCAUCCAUUAAUGGACAACUUUCAGUGUAAGAUGCUUCUGUGUUUAAACAUCCUGGUUCUACUCCUCCUGCAGCUGGCACUGUCAAGCCCAGUGCCGACGACCACACUGUCCAGAGGAUGUCCGGCCUGUAAAGCAAAGCCCUCACAGAGUCAGCCGACUGUAGAUUUAAAUGCCACCUCUCUGGCUGUUGGAGAACCAUGUGGGGUCUACACUCUGAGCUGUGCCCACGGUCUGCGUUGUGCGCCUCCUGAGGAUGAGCCGAGGCCUCUUCGUGCCCUGCUGGAGGGCAAAGGAGUCUGCAGUAAUGCCAGCAGUGCCAGCCCGACUGAACAGAUCAGCACUGCAGAUCCAGCACCCACUGAGAAUCCAGACGAGGCUCCAUGUCGUAAACUGCUGACUACACUGAUCGAAGGUCUUGAUGCCCAUUUAUUUAAGUCAAAUCAUGAUAUCUACAUGCCCAACUGUGACAAGCGUGGUUUCUUCAGAAAGAAGCAGUGUUGGUCAUCUCGAGGUAAGCAACGUGGCAAGUGUUGGUGUGUGGAUGAGAACGGCAUGCCAGUCGCCUCAAACACCAAACAGAAAGGCAGCUUGAGUUGUUAAAAUACAUGAGACCUGGAUUACAGCAGAGGAGGCUGAAGCUUCAUUAACAACAUUAGAUAAAGAUGAAGGAACACCAUGCAGAUUCGAAAGGAAGUGAAAAUGGUGCCUCACAUUUCAUUCUCCAUGAACCACAAGCAACUUUCCACCAAUGACAAUCUGUUUCAAAAUCAGGUACAACUUUAUCUCCUUGCGCCCUCUGCUGAACAUAUUAAGACUGUAUUGAUCUGACGCAUCACAUUGGAGCAAAACACUCUACUGAGACAACCUGUCUCACACCCAAUAAUUUAACUCUGCAAGAACUUGCAGAAACUCCACCUACACGCAUUGUGGGUGGUUUCCUCUUAUGUUUCAAGAUUUUAACUCCAUAAAUAUCUCAUGGCAAGUGUUGCAACUGUUGUUUUUUACAUUAGAGGAUACAUACCAUACACAAGGUUCAAAUGUAAUUUGGUCUUUUGUAUGCACUCAGUAUGUCAUAUUUAUAUGUUUUCAGUUUGUUUUUUUUACUUUGAAACCACUGUAAUCGUAUUACUGUAAUUUUGUACAUAAUCAAUAGAUGUAAUCCUAUUUAUGUUACUUUGAUUAUAAUAUUUUAUUUAUGUUAAUAUCUUUGAGACUUUGAAUAGCCCCUAAAGAUUAAAUACUGGUGGUAUCAUUUUAAAAACCUGAAAUUUUUUUGUCUUUAAACACAAACCUAUAUGGCAGCAUUGUUUUAUCCUCAGGAUUUUAUUUAGGAAAUUCACCAAGAGGAAGUGAUUA